AUGUCGAUCCUAUUUGAACAAAAAUCUCCGUCGUUUGUUCGUAGUUUUAAAGUACCAAGAAAGUUGGAUAUUGAAAAUGCUUUAGGAAAACUUGAUGAUAAUAACAUAAAUUCUGUUUUUACUGAAGAUUUUUGUAAAACAUUUGAUAGUCUACCUUUACCAAAGAAAGAAUCGGAUUGGCUUGCACAGUAUGCAGAAAAAGGACAAACUUAUAUGGAAUUUCUUCAGCUAUCUCGAACUCUUCAUACACCCUUAUCUUCUCAUAGAAAAUCAAUUUAUUUAACACUGUUUGGACAAGUUGACAAUACAAUAUUUGAUAUUGACAGUUUAAUCGAUUAUACUAAACGUUUUUUUCAAAUGCAAGUAAAACUAAUCAAUCCAUUCAUUAACGUUGAAUGGAAUGAUAAGAAAAAUCAAUGGACAUGCACAAUGAGUUUGAAUAAUGGUAAAACUCGUAUUUUCAAUCUUCGUACACGUUAUAAUGAAGAAGGAAAACAGUCACAAAUUUGUGUUACAGGAAUUUUAAAUCUAUUGAAAAAAGUUGUGCCAGAUGAUGCUCGAUGUCUCGUUGCAUUAACAAUGUAUGAUCUCUAUGGUGAUGAUACAGAUUUAUUUAUUGCUGGCUUAGCUAUGGGCAAUUGUCGUGUGGCAGCAUUUUCACUCUAUCGAUAUGAUCCACAUUUAACAUUUAAUGAAUCAGAUUGGUUUGAUUGUAUAUUGAAAACUGAUACUAAAUCAGAGAAACAAAUUGUUAAACGACGAAAUUUGUUAUUACUCAGAGCCUGUCGUCUUUUAACACAUGAAAUAUGUCAUCUAUUGGGAAUCGCUCAUUGCAUUUUCUAUUCUUGUCUAAUUAAUGGAAGUGGAGAUUUAGGUAAGAAUUUUUCUUACAGUUACGUUUUCUUUCAAAGACCGGGUUAG